AUGACAGACAGUGAGGGAAAAAAUCGAGAGAGUUGUGCCGAAGAGACUCUGACUAUCCCCUGUAUUGCUUCAACGCCUCGAACCGAUAUUCCGGACAAGCCGCAUGUCGAAUGUCAAUCAUGUAUGCAGUUGCCGCGUACUGGAGGGCAAGGAGUUAUCGCUGUCCCGCCGCACAAGCGCACGAACAGCGCCGUUAAGGACCCAGAAACGGGAGUUGAAGUGAUUUCCAAUUCCGGUCCAGGGUCCCUCAAGCGACUUUUCCAGGGCAUCCCUCGCCAUGCCCCCUCUCCUCUGGCAGCGCAGGGGGGGGGGAGGAAAGACCCCACGUAUAUUCCUGCUAACGAGCCAUCGAAUGAGCAGCGUGAUAUGCAGCAGUCAGGAGCAGAGACUUUGGGCCCACGAAUAGCUGCUCGAGCUAUGCAUCGCACCCCAGCAAAGCGCGGGCCUGCUAACCAUAACUAUUCUAUGCAGCCGGCAUGGCGUGGAUUUCCUUCCCCCUCGAGCUAUUAA